CUCGGCUAUGAUUUGCUGCGCCACACUCUAUCUCGCUCACUCCUCCACCUGUUCGUCCAUCUCUACACCUUUCUACCGCGGCGGCUACUCUGACGACCAAUAACACCGUAUACUUGAAGAAAGCAUUGAAACAAAUCUUCGAGUGAAACACCCUCCAACUGGUUCAGCGCCUAUCUGAGAUUCUAAUCAGCCAGCCUGAUCGAGCCGGGGCUGCAUCGCAUCUGAUGCACCGCGCUUCGCGUCCCCGUCUGCCACGCUUCAAUCUCAGAUUGCCGUCAAACAACCGCUACCGCCGUCCAGAGCCUCGUCUUGAAAUAGGUACCAAGCGCCGUCGCAGAUUACCUCGUAACACAUCAUGGACUCAUGCAAAGCGUGGUUACACUGCCACCGACCAUCAUGAGCAUAUCUGGAAUGGAUCUCGAAAUGUCAUUCCACACCGAAAAUAGCUGCAUCUGUUUCCUGUCCGUCUGGCGCGCGUCUUCCACCACGCUCCGCGCUCCGCGCUCCGCGGUCGGGUCAGCUUUGAGGUUUGGGCAGCCCGCGACUGAGUUACUGAGCAUACGUCUCCGACGUGUUGGUUUCCUCACGAGCUCGUCUUCCGUUCCGUGUUUCAUCUGCAUAAUGACCUGCAGCAUAUUGUUGGGCGGGGACUCACUCUGCCCGCUUCUGGUCGCAUAGACUCAACCCAUUUAUACCUGGUCCUUCCUCCCCUCCGGCCUCUCUCAGCCUUUCAUUCUUCCAAGUUGCAGUCCUUAUACUCAGUUUGCUCGCGAUUGGUAUCUCGUUUUCCUGCUCUUUGAUCUUUCUUUUGUCUUGGAUAGCAAUCAUCUCCCGGGGAAGCUGGCUUCUCACAGACUAUUGGCAUCACUAUACUAUUCCCCAAAAGUCACAAGAUAGAAUGUCCCUGGCGCCUUACUACUACAGGCCCCUUACGCCUCCAGAGGCCACUGGUGCUGCCGGCCAGCACCGUCAUACUCGGAAUCUGUCAAGCUCGUCAUACUGCACAAUUGACACAUCUCCCGAGUCAGUAAUCACUGCUAAUACGACCCCGAGCCGCUCGCCAGUUCUACGUCAGCAUGGCCCGACCUUGCUGCCGAGGAUCAGGACCCAAGACUCCUCUGCUGAGCCUUCGUUCGCUGCUCGGCCUUCCACCCAUCGACGAACAUUGUCGAGCACCAAUGUCGGCAGCAAGAACAGUCGACCUAAUAUGUAUAGGAGUGUCACUGAACCGGUGGAUUAUGUUCCGCUGAUCUCACCGGUAUCAAACGCUUCUCAUUCUCGAUCCAACUCGCUCAUUCCAUCCCCAAGCAUCUCCAAAGCAAAACUUAAUGUGCCUAUAAGGACGCAUUCCCGUGCUGGUUCUGCUUCAAACAUCGAUGGAGGCGUGUUGACACGCUUCGGUUAUCCAACUUACCGCCAAUUGCCAAUGUAUUUGUCCCAUGACCAGCCCACUCCGUCGCCAGAUUUGUUCGCCACAACCUUUGUGCCGUACACCAAUGUACCCCUGCCAGAGGCCCCAGUCAUCAAUCUGGAGGGCACAUUUGACAUGCCCAUUGACCUUGAGUCCGUUUCACGGCCUUGCUCCAUGAGCCCUCCGCCUAUGCUCACAUCGGCCUCCACUAUCAGCUUGCUGAGCUACUUGACUCAGCCCACCCAACCCAUUAACCUCGUCCGCCAUCUUACAUUCCAAACCGGCCGUGGACUCACCAAUCACUUUUGGUGGGAUGUUCGCAAUAUUCGACCAUGGAAAUCAUUCUCUCUGCAGACCAUGUCGACAAUCCCGGAUCUGUUUACGCUGCUUAAUUUUCAGCAUGAUAGUUCAUGCUUCCCGCUUCCCAGCACAAACAGCAGCACAGUGACUCCGUCAUCCGAGGCUGAUCUCGCCGGUCUCAUCACAAAGAUAUUCUUCCCCAAGGUUAACGCUGCGACAAGGUUGUCACUCGGGAACAAUUCUAUCUGUCUCUAUCCUUGUCCUACGCCGACAGGGGUGGGUGUGAGCGCAAACGCGGCCAAUAUACCCACUUUCCUCGCCAACUAUCCAAGUGACAACGACCGCACGCUGUCAGGGCUUCCUCGAGGGAGAGUUGUUGGCCUUGUGCGAUCCUUCGAUCGCUGGAACACGGGCAUGCGGCGAGAGGGGCCGGCUCGGAAAGUCGAAUACCUGCGGACCUUGGCACACCUACAGAAAUGCAUGCGUGAUCACAGCUGUCGGUAUGGUUUCAUCAUGACCGAGAUCGAACUUGUCUGUGUCCGCGCUGGCUGUGACGACCGGGGCCAGCCUUAUUUCGGCUACCUUGAAGUUGCGGAAUCAGUGGAGACGAAGACUGCUGCUCGUGGUCUUGAUGGCGUGCCACUCAAUGGUGGAAGUGGAGAAGUCGACAUGACCGUCACCCUAGCUUUGUAUUACCUUCUCAUGUUGGCCAAAACGACACCGCUGCCAGGCGAACCAGCCAGUUUCAUGGAUGUGGGAGGUCCAGGAGCGCUAACCAGGCAGCGGGUCUGGACUGGAGGCAACGGCGAAACCACAGUCAUGUUUGAUGAGGAUGGCGAUGUAGAAGAACUGGGCAAGGAUGGCAAAGACAAAUGGAUCCCUGAGCCACAGAUGGGAGAAAAGAGAGAGGCAAGGACGGUCAGGGGCUGGGUCUGGCCAAGUGAUCCUUGGCACAAAAGAGAAGGCGAGCGCGGUGAGCGUGGGAGCGGUACGAGAGGUGGGAGGAGAGCCUGACAGUUGAAGCAUUGGAUGACCAUGAUGGGAGAAGGGGUUGGGCACGGCCAUGUUAUGGGCAGCGAAGCCAUCCUGGUGAUGAGCUCAAUGACUAUACGGACGUGUAGAAAAAUCUUAUAAUGGUAUUGCUAUUCUACAGUAAUCGUAGAAAGAAUCAUGACAGAUUCCGAACCAGCGAGCCACUUAUGCAUUGGUGGUGGGGGAAUCGCUGAGAAGAUGACACAAAGAG